AUGGCGCUGGAUACCACCCGGUCCCGCGCUGAGCGCGCUCGCAGCGUCCCCACUCUUCCCGAGGAAAUCUGGGACAUGAUUACUGGCUACACCGACCGUGCCGCCCAGAAGCAACUCCGGCUAUCGUCCCGCACGCUUUCGCGGAUCGCCGCCGGCCACCUGUUCAGCACCAUCUUCCUCGAGAUUCAGAAAGACAGCAUUCAGCGCAUGAUCAACAUCGCCUUUCAUCAUGUCUUAUGCUACCACGUGAAACAGCUCGUUCUUGUCGAGAGCUCGCAGCUGGUUCCUUUCGGCACCUGGAGAGAAUGGUACACGCACAUCGAAAACCGAGCUGAUUACGCCGGUCGUCCACUCAAUGCUCCAUCUCCGUGGAUGAUGGACGAAAUACUCGAUCUCUAUGAAGAGUAUAAAGCCGAAUGCCUCGCCUUGUCACAGUUCCUUUUCUGUGUGCGCGCGAGGUCAAGCGGAUCGAAGCCCCUCGGCGAGCGUUACUACACAACCGAGCUCCAAGAAGAUAAUCACAUGGCUUACGUUUGUGAUAACUUCGACGAAGCCCUCGCAAGGUUCAAGAACCUGAAGACCGUUAAGCAGAAACGCUGGUGGCAAAGGACUGAUCCAUUUUUCUGGCGCGGCCUGCAAUUUUCCGUUCCUGAUAGGCGAAGAUCGCAGGUGCCCCACAAUGAAGAUGACAUGCUCCCACUGACCUUUGUGCUCCGCGGCCUUGGUUGGGCACAUUCCAUGGGUGAGAGUAACUUAAAGUCCCUCGAUAUCGGCACCUCUGGCUUAGCCUUCUGGACCGAGAACGGGCUGCGACAGAACCUCUGGGGUACCUUGGCCAAUGGGAACCUCCGCGAUACCUGCGAAUCUGAAGUCCGGCUUAUUCGCAGGUCAUUUUCCAACCUCACGCGUCUCAGGUGCUCCUUAUCGGGGGAAGGACUCACCGUCGAAGCCAUGCUGGAAUCGUUUGCAGCAUUUCUGGGGACAGCAGAGAUGCUCGAAGACCUUGACCUCAACUUCAUUGAGCGAAAAGGUGGAGAAGACAUCGGAGAGAACUGGGAUCUCUUCCACCCACUCAGAGACCAGGGUAACCGUUGGAGAAAGCUUCGUCGUUUGAAACUUUCCGCAUACACUGGUGGUCGUUCUCUCUCGGAUUUCCUGAUCAACCAGGCAUCUUCCCUACGGACCCUCACUCUCUAUGACUGCAAUCUUGUUACGCCCGAGGAUUCCUGGCCAGAGCUCUUCAAACAUUCUAGAGACGCGCUUUCUUUGGACUCAAUCCUUCUCGUGAACCUUUUUGACGCUUAUCCAGACAAAAAUGCCGAUGUCAAAGGAUACCUUAUUGACUAUAUGGACGAUUGCGAAAUAUUCCAGGGUUUCAAAGACAAGAUCGUUGACUAUAUCUUGAAAAGAACCGACGAAGAACCUGUUUGGGAUCACAAACCCCUUUACGACGAUCAUCUGAGUAGGUGCGAUGGCUGCGACGAGAACAAAGCUCUGCAUGACGAAGCAAGUGCAGAUGAGCAUUCCAUCUUCUUCGAGCUUGACUUGUUGCCUAUCGUAGCAGACCUUGGAUUGUUGUAG